AUGAAUAGAAAUAGGAAUCGCAGUGAGCAGAAAUCACUCGUAGAGGGACACACUUUCUCUGUACCGAGUAUUACAGGUAACCCAUUCACACCUGAGUUGGUCAGUGCCGUGCAUUCACUCCCUAGUCUUCAAGCUAGCCUCGGGGAAAUAACGGACUCACUUAGGACGAUCAGAAAUCUCACCGAGGAAAUAAGCGAUAUCAAGAAAGACUUGUGGGAAGAAGACGGGUUCGAUUAUAGAAUCAAAUUAAUAGCCGAGCAGCAGGUAGAUGGAGAGGAUGAACUUCAGCAGCUGAGACAAGAGAACAGAUCGCUCAGAGAAGACGUCAACAUGUUGAAAUCCAUAGUGAUUAAUCUGGAGAGAACAGUAAUUAAAAAUCAGAAUGAAAUCAUUGAUCUCAAAUCGAGAUCAAUGAAACAAAAUAUUUUGAUUCAUAAUCUCCCUGAAGAAGAUGGCGAAAAUCUAUUUGUUAAAAUCCCAGAGCUUAUCAAGACGCAUUUCAAAGUAGAUACAUCUUUCGCAAAUAUUCACAGAAACAAAAAUCGAAAGAAACUAUUAGAAUUAAACAACAAAUACUGGAAAGCUAACGUUAAGACACGCAUUGUGGGAGAGAAACUUGUAUUCCCAAAUGGAAGUAUACAUAGAGAUAAAGUACAGAAACCAAAAGCAGAACAAAUCCUAGGAAUGGAUCAAGCAGAAAGAGAGGCGCUUAAGAAGAUUAAAGUGACGGAGUUGGAAACAAAUGAAGGAGGGAACAUUUUCCGAGGGAUGGGGGCAACAACGGAGUGCUAUAACCAAGUGCGCGACAUGUACAAGAAAACAUUCUGUGAUCAAUCCCAUGCCAAAGCUGAUCACAACAUACUUGUUUACAGAUUUCGAGAUUCAAGCGGACAAACUCACGAGGGAUACAACGAUGAUGUUGUUGCUAGCCAAAAUGCUAAAAAUGAUGUUGACCAAAACUAUGUUGUGUCUGCUGCUGAAUCUAGGUAUAAUGGGUUUAGAAGAUUGAAUGUACUUCACAUGGCAGCCUUGAUGCCCUUACAGCAUAUUGGAUAUUUCUGA